AUUCACACGACCAAGAUAUAAACAAGACAUUGAGUAUUUGACUUCUACCAUCCCACACCAGACAGCACAAACUUUGCCGGAACGUCAAUUAAUAUUGCUUCUUUACAUGCUUUGUUCACGGUGAAAGAAGACGUAUGGCUGGAUCGCGCAGCCGCAAUGCCUCUCCGUUUCGAGGUGCAGAGGAGGAUACUGCCAUAAUAUCCACUAGAGGCUUGGAGGCAUUUGGAAGAAAAGUUACCACAACGGCGGGUCAUUUGAUGGGACCUUUAGCAGAUCCCAGCGCCAGUACACAUUAUCAAAAUGCGAUGAGCGACCUACACAAGCAGCUACGAAGGCCGAAUCUGCAACGAAGUGUCUUCUCCUUCGCGAAAACGACCCCUACAGACCUGGUGCGCUCGAAACUGUCGACAUCAGAAAUACAGUAUCGCGCCUUGACAUAUUUACCCGACGAGCUCUUGAAAAACAUUCCAGAAGAUGAAAAUGCCUACUCGCUAUUCCAGGGCUUCCAAGCUACCUUGCCAGAGAGCAGCCCGGAAUCCAAGCGCCAUAGAAGACGUAUAUCAAGGGGACGGAAACUUUUGGACGAUGAUAAAUCGGAAUCCGAGACUCCUCCUACACUAGGAAAGCUCAAAAAGGAGCAAAACUCUCUGAACCACCAAUUGGAGAUGAUGAGUAUCAGAAAGAAUAUGGCUAGCAGUGAAAUCCGAGAGAUAGACAACAAGAUAGCAAAUCUCAAUAGUAUGCGGAAGAUCGUUUUAGAUCGUUUGGCUGGGUUGGAGCAGGAAGAGGCUUUGUUAGAACAUGACAUUCUCGACGUUGAAAACAGGCUUGAAGAUGCUCAAGAGCAGUUGGAUGAUGCUGAAGCUAUGGCAAAAACCUUAAAAGCCGAGGAUGAGGAAGUAAUUGAGGAUCCGGCAAUGGAUGCUUCUUUCAUGUCCGAGUCAAUCUACGAAAAGUUGCCCUCGGUAAACACCACUCCUACUCGACCAAAACGGCAUAAGACCAUUCGCCGAAAGUCAAUGCCCAUCUUACAUGAACAUUUUGAACCUGGGUCAAUGAUCCGAGAACUUCAUGCUCAUCACGAUGUGGUCACAGCACUAGACUUUGAUGUUCCGUUCGGCACUAUGGUUACCUCAGCUCUUGAUGACACCGUCAGAGUUUGGGACAUGAACGCUGGACGGUGCAUAGGGUUUUUGGAAGGGCACACAGCAUCUGUACGAACUCUACAAGUCGAGGACAACAUUGUCGCUACUGGUUCUAUGGAUGCCACUAUUCGACUAUGGGAUCUUAGUAAGGCUCGCUACGACCCCCAAGACAACCGUAUCAAUAAAGACGGCGAUGAAGAUGAUGACCCUCUAGCUUUUGGAAAUCCAGAAGAUGGGGAACCCGAGCCACCUGCUGGCAGCAUGGCUGAUUGUCCUCUGUUCACACUAGAAGCUCACGUAGAUGAAGUCACAGCCUUACAUUUCAGAGGAGAUACUCUCAUCUCUGGGUCGGCAGAUAAGACAUUACGCCAGUGGGACUUGGAGAAAGGACGUUGCGUCCAGACUCUUGAUGUAAUGUGGGCUGCCGCUCAAGCCUCUGCGACAAUGGGUUCCAAUGAAGGUGCCUGGAGACAGACAGGAAGAUUGCCAGACGCUUCUGCUGACUUCGUCGGAGCUGUGCAAGUAUUUGAUGCAGCUCUAGCGUGUGGUACCGCUGAUGGCAUGGUUCGACUUUGGGAUUUGAGAAGUGGGCAAGUACAUCGUAGUCUGGUUGGACAUACCGGACCUGUCACAUGUUUGCAAUUUGACGACGUUCAUUUGGUGACUGGCAGUCUGGAUCGCAGCAUUCGCAUAUGGGACCUCAGAACAGGUGCAAUCUAUGAUGCUUACGCGUACGAUGCACCAAUCACGAGCAUGAUGUUUGACAAUCGACGGAUCGUCUCAGCCGCAGGCGAAGACGUUGUGAAAGUGUACGAUAAAACAGAUGGCCGCCACUGGGAUUGCGGUUCAGGCGUCACUGCUGAAGAAGACGGGCGACAUCCUGCGAUUGUAGAAAAAGUCCGAAUCAAGGAUGGCUAUCUGACCGAGGGGAGAAAGGACGGCAUUGUAGGCAUUUGGACAUGCUGAAUGAUGCGCACUCUUGGUGCGUUAUAUAGUCUCGACUGCUAAAAGCAUGGGCGAGGCGUUUGUUUGCCUGGCGAGGAAGAUGUCUGUCUCAAUAAGAGACAAUGAAUGUUGUGUAAAUAUAUGUACCAACGAUAUCAUCGAUAUACAUAAAAUGGGU